AAGUGUUUUCCAGCGUUGAAGUUUUCGUUUACUUUCGGUGUGCAUUUCUAACCAUUCUGUGAAAAAUGCGCAAUUUUUUUUCCAUUUGGAUAAAUACGUUUCCAUUGCUCCUGAUGUGCAUCGGUUGUGUUGUUGGUCUCUACGAAACGGCACCGCACAUUAUUGUGUUUAUGGCUGAUGAUUUGGGAUGGAACGACAUUGGUUUUCAUGGAUCGAAUCAAAUAUUGACCCCCAACAUCGACGCUCUGGGAUAUAAUGGAAUUAUAUUGAACAGACAUUACGUGUUGCCGUCCAGCACACCUUCUAGGACUGCCUUUUUUACUGGACAGUACCCGAUACGUAUUGGGAUGCAAGGAGAUGGAAUACAUGGUGGUGAACCACGUGGUUUGCCGUUGAAUAUAAAAAUUUUACCGGAAUAUUUACGAGGAUUGGGAUACACCACGAAAUUAAUCGGAAAAUGGCACAUGGGAUAUCAUACACCUCAGUAUACACCAUUACAUAGGGGUUUCGAUACUUUCCUUGGUUUUUACAACAGCCAUAUUACCUAUUACGAUUAUAGAUACUCAAAUCAGAACAUGAGCGGGUACGAUAUGCAUCGAGGAGACGAUCCUGCUUACGGGAUUAACCGUGAAUACGCAACGGACUUAUUCACUGAAGAGGCGAUCAGGAUUAUCGAGAAUCAUGAACACCAUAGGCCCCUAUAUCUUCAUAUAUCGCAUCUGGCGGUACACGCUCCUUUGGAACAGCCCGUGGACCAAUACAAUGAUAGGGAAUUUCUUCAAAUACGUGAACCAAAUCGACGUAAAUACGCCAAAAUGGUAUCACGAUUGGACGACUCGGUUGGACGAAUCUUUCACGCGUUGGGUGAAAAGGGAAUGCUCAGGGACUCUAUGAUCCUGUUUCUCACAGACAACGGGGCUGCGUCCAUUGGCAGAUACAGAAACUGGGGCUCAAACUACCCUUUGAGAGGGACAAAAUACACUUUGUACGAAGGGGGUGUGAGAGGUGCAGCAGCAUUUUGGUCACCAAGGAUACAGAAAGGAGCUCGCGUAUCGAACCAAUUGGUGCAUAUAACAGAUUGGUUACCGACUCUUUAUUCGGCAGCUGGCGGAGACUUGAAUGACCUAGGUGAGAUCGAUGGUAUCGACCAAUGGCGAGUUCUCAGCGAAGGCGUCGGACGUGGAAGAGAGAAGCUUUUAUUAAACAUCGACGAAAUGUAUAAAACCGAAGGAGCAAUAUAUAGUCGGUUUAAAUUAUUACGAGGUUCCAUCGAUAACGGUUACUACGAUGGAUACUAUGGCGAUUCUGGCAGAACGAUAGAAGUUCCACCAUAUUCGGAUCUCGUACUGAAAAGUUCUGUGUCUCAAGGUAUCACCUACCAUUUAGGAGGCCCAGUGACGCAACCAAGUACAAUGUUGCAAUUACGACGGGAAGCGACAGUCCAGUGUCGUCCAAACACGACAUAUUUUAAUAGACAUGUGUUUACCACGUGUAAUGUUACAGAAUGUUUAUUCGAUAUAGUGAACGAUCCAUGCGAAACGAAAAACAUUGCCGAGUCAUAUCGCAGAAUUGCUCGGGACUUAGACCUGUACCUAGAAAGAUACGGCCACAUAUUAGUUAGACAGAUCAAGGUACCAGUCGAUUGGUUGGCUGAUCCUAGGAGAAGAAACAACACCUGGGAACCAUGGAUGAACUCGGGAGCUACGAUAUAUGUUCCUAACACUGCGGCAGUGCUUGGGAAUUUAGUCUUCUGUCUUCACCUUUUAUUCGUUUUUCUUUCAAUGCUGUUGAACACUUUCCUUUGAGUAUAUGGUUUGUUCAAAUGACAAAUGCAUUGUAAAAAGCAUCGAAACGACAUUUGAAAUUAGCUCAUUUUACGAUAGAUUGUAUAAAGCAGGGUAAUACAUAAAACCAAUUUUCUAUCAGCAUUAUGAUUGCAUA